AUGCAGGCUCCACAAGCUUUAGCUAGUUUCCGGUGUCAGACCAAUUGUAAACACAAAGAAUGUCAACGUCAUGCCAAUUUGGGUGUAAUGGAUAAGAAUGAGUGCGAGUGCGCUCAAGAAGAGUUGAGUGGCUCCACGAUAUUUCUAGAGAAUGUCAUUGAUCUAUCCCACACAUUGGCUCAGAUAAUGGUUAUUUGCGGUCUGCACGAAUGCAAGGCCAAGAGUGCUGUCGACAUCAUUACUUAUGCUUUUCUCCAUUAUGACUUAGUCUGUUAUUGCUUGGAUGAGAAGCCCAAGAAACGCUUGCGUAAAGAGGAUAUAUUUCAUGAAUUGGGACGCAAGUGCCUUAUGAAUCGGGUGGAAGCCCAUUUGGCCUAUACUAUAAUUAAGAGAGGUUUCAAGGCUUACUAUUAUAGUCCGCAAAUAGACGAAACAGCCAAAGAUUACAAUGGUCGUCCGAGCUUUUCGGACGAGUGCGUCUAUGUGCAUGCAGCGAAAAAAACAGCAGAGAGUUACGCUCAAUUCGAUGGUUUGUCGUGCGACGAACAACGUGGUAUUGAAGCUAAAAUUAAAGUUAUCUACAAGAAAUUCUACGAUCGCAUGCAAUCGCGUCAAAGCAAACCUGACCAUGAUCAAUGCAAUUGCUGUUUCUGCGCGAAGAAACGUGGUCAUCUUGUGUAUGGCAAACCGCCACCAUGUACGACGACCAAACCACCUAAGAAGCCCCACACUUGUCCACACUGUUGCAAGCGCAAAAAGAAGGCUGGCAUUGUGCAUCAACAAGCGUAUGUCGCGAAAUGCCCAGUGUGUCAUCGUUCGCGCAAAUACUGCACGUGUGCAAAAUAUGAUUUCGGUAUCGAGUGGGUGCAAAGCAUAUGGAAUCGUCCCGACAUGAAUAUUUACUAUCAAAACACAAUUGAGAAACCGCAGGAUGAUUCCCUACCUCAUUGCCGUCCACAAGGCACCGAAUGGCAAGAAGAAGCGCAGGAAGAAGAAGAGGACGAGGAGCCUGUAGCGGUCGACGAGAAUCCAUUGGAGGAAUAA